AUGCCCCUCAUUGCCGUUCCUACCUCGAAGAGGAGAUCAGCGGCAGGGUUUUUCUUCAAGUGCCUGUUGGUAUUUGGAGCAGUGGCGGCGUGCUUGUCUUGGACGAUCUCAUCUCUAACCACCUCGUUGAAGGGCUCUACCAGUUCCCACCCAUCGUUCCUAUCAAGUCAAUCAGUGCCCCGCUUGGUGGCACCCUCGCCGCUGGCCUCCAUCACUGAUAUGCAUGCUGAGAUGGAGACCGAGGAGGAGGAGGAGGAAGAAGUCUCCUCGUGGGUCUACGUCACUGAGGUCGUGGUGGUGAUAGUCCUCUCAUUGCUGUUCGAAUACAUCCAAGAGAGAAUCAGAGAGAAGCUCGAGGAGGAGGGGAAGACUACUUUGGUGCGGAUGAUGGAUACUCUCUUCCGGGAAAUCAUGAUCCUUGGGUUCAUCGGCCUGUUUGUCUUCAUAUGUACAAAGACGGGAUUAGCCAAGGAGAUAAGCAAGGCUGUCGUUGGUGAGGCGGCGAAGGAGGGAGGAGAGGAUCCUCUUGCGGAGAGCUUCGAGUCAAUUCAUAUGAUAAUCUUCUGUGUGAUGGUAGUCUUCAUAUUCCAGUGCAUUACUUUGAUGCUGGGUGCAGAGCGCAUCACUAGGAGGUGGGACGUGUGGGAGCAGAUGCCCGAGACAGGUCGGGAGAAGCACGCUGAUCCCCGUCAUAACUCCCUAGAGCGUAGACUAGUCGAAAGAGGCUUCCUUGAUGAGGAGGGGAACGAGAAGUCACCGUUGAAGUUCUCGGAGAACUGGUACUCCUAUGUUGUUCCUGAUGAGCUACGUGAUAUUGUCAUUUGGAGGCUUCUGCGUCAUGAGUUCCUCUUCCCUUCACAUCGUCGAGAACAGCAGAAACUGGCCUUGGCUUCACAGGUGCCAGAGGUUCGAGACCCCAUCGUUUUCGACUUUGAGAGGUAUUUGACGGAAAAGCUUGGAGAGGGCUUUGUCGAACUGGUAGAAGUUGAUUUGGCUACGUGGGUCGUCGCUGUUCUCUUCACACCUUGUAUUGCGUGGAUACUGUCCUAUGCCACUUCAAUACGUAUUGCUAUGAUUUGUGGUUUCUCGUGGUUAUUGCUGUUAGCUAUGUUCACCUUCUACGUUCAUAUAAGCAACGUUAUGAUGGCUCUCUCCCCGGUGGUCCCUUCGAGAGCAGUCGUGCUCUUGCAGAUGCUCUCUGGCACAUCCCUGGCAGCAUUUCAGAGAAGUUAUCGGUCUUCUCCUGAUCGAGCUUCCACUAAGCGCCCCUCUGACAGUGAAUCACCGGCUUGCUCGUCUGAGGAGGAGGAUCUCACUGAGCCGCUACUACACGCUAAGUCAAGAAUGUUCUCGUGGGUGCCAAGGUUCCGCCAGCAAGAGGAAUACUUCCGACCGCUGCAUCAGAGAAGCACUGUGAUGAAGAUCAUCUGUCAGCACAGGCAUAGGGUUCCUAAUGCACAGGAGCGUCUGAUGUGGUUCGAGGAGUAUUCGUUGGAUAUCUUUGCUCACAUGCUAGAGAUGAUGAUGUUCUUCCAAGCUGUUCUUACAGCAACUCUCAUCGUGCUUAUCGUUGUUGGAGGCCCCUCUCAGUGGUCGGUCGUAUCCUGGGUGUUUUACGUCCUAUCGUUGGUGGAAUGGGCGGUGAUGACGAGAUACUUGGUACCUCACGCUAUGAGUAGGCUCACCUUGGUGACGAGCAUCGAGUAUCUCAAAGAUCCUCAGCUGAUAGAGAAGGUUACUUUUGAUGUUAAACGAGAACGACUAUCGCAAGCGCUGAAGGUCCUUUCUGUGGUAAAGCUAGAGGGUAAAGCUCGACGUCUUGCCGCUGAAGGGGCAGAUACCAUCUCUGAUGAGGAGUAUGAGGCUGCGCUGGCUACGUACAAGUCGCUGUCAGAGGAGGCCAAGGAGAAGGUCGAGUCGACCUUUGAGAGCUUUGAUGCUGACCUCAGUGGAACUGUCGACUGUCAGGAGAUGGAGGAGGUUAUGGCAGCCAUGGGAGUGGUCCCGGGAACGGAGGCGAGCAAGUCGGCGUGUGCCCUCCUCAAGAUGGUUGAUAAGGACGGGUCUGGACAGUUGGACGAGGAAGAAUUCAAGGUACUGAUGGUGCUGGCUUUGGUGAAGCCGAGUGAGGAGGAGGAGGCUGAGGACCUCAGAGCCUUCUUUCGCCAGAUUGACGUGGACUACAGUGGUUCGGUAUCCCUGAGUGAGUUGGCUGAGGCAUUUUCCCAAUUGGGUGUACCUAUGAACAGUGAAGAGGUCGGGCGUUUGGUGACGGAGCUUGGUGAGGUUGAAUUUGUGAAGUGGAUGCGUUUCCUUGAACAUAUGGGUGAUAAGAAGGAGCAUUCAGGGGUGGCCACGGCUGGCGGAGGAAAGAAUGCUCAAGAGGCGACUCCUUGA